CGUUCCCAGACGACUCUUUGGUCGUUAAUGAAUGGGCUGCUCCACAACCAGAGUACAGGCGCCCGCGUUUACGGCGUACUCUCCGUCAUCAGCGUCACCGAAGAAAAAACACAUCACGUCAGUUGGUGGCGGGUGAGUGCUCCUUAUCGCACCGCCACGAGUACUUCACCGCUCCAUGAAGAGCGGGCUGAGAAAUUUCCAUCAAUGCCACGUACGGCAUGAUAGCCUCGAGUUCCGAUGGACAUCUGCAAGAAUAUUAAUUUGUGCGUCUGCACAUGUAACGCAACGUGCACUACAUACAGCCCACGAGUAUGCGGGGAGAAGGAGUCGCAGGGUCGCGCCAGCGGGGCAUUA